UCCACAGCGUCCACAGCUGGCAGCCCGCUCGCCAGCACACUCCAGGAUGACAUUGUAUCUGAAACUGCAAGGCAUCUCAUCAGUUUGGUAAACUCUCAAGUACAACAAUGCCGAUUCUGAAGAAGCUCCCGGGACGGUCCAAGAGCUCCCAGGAGUUCCCCCGAGCGAAUGGAGAGCUGAUCCUGCCCCGGCUGGACCUGGACCUCCAGAACCUGAACGACCUGAAGGAGCUGAAUAAGAACUUAAACCCUUUCGAGGACAUUGACCUGAAUGAGGAUGAGAGGAAGGAUGGUGACAUGGGCCUCUUCAUGGGGGAGGUCAGGGGGAACCUCCAGCUGAGGUCCACCCGCGAUGGAGAAGAGGAGGAGAACGAGGUGAACGCAGAGAGGCACGGGGCGGGGAACCCUAAAGGGAAGCCCUUAAGGGGGACCCUGGAGCGGAUCUGUGGAGUGUCGCCGCUUAAAACCCUGGGAAAACUGGGGAAGGGGCUGCGCAUAUCGGGACGCAAUGUAUGGGGGGGCAACUCCCCUCACUUCAGCCCUGGAAACUCAAACAGUCUCCCACCAGAGAGGGAGAAAAGGAAAGGACUGCGCAGGGGCUCUGAAGGAAUUAUGUCCCUGCUCCGCUUCACAGGUCGACGUAAGGAAGAGCGCAGAGAAAGCCUGCCCUGCGGAAACCUGAGCACAGAGUGCGAGGCGGACGCUUCCAGGCAGCCCUCCUUCCUCAGGAUGGUGAGUCUGGGCAAGCUGAAGAGGGAGUCCAUGUCAGACAAGGCAUCCCAAGAGGCUGAUGAGGAAACAGAUGAGGAGGAGCCAGUGGUGGUAACCAGAGAGCCCCUCUCAGUACUAGAGAUCCUGCAGUUGGUCAACCACAGGGAUCUUCUCCUGGCCGACACACACAUUCAGGAGCUGGAGCGCGAGUGUGAGCUGCUGUCUCACCUUACAACCACAACUAGUUCCACCCCUACUCCAACUCUUUCUCCCAGCACCCCUCCUGGCAUGAAUACCUUAUCGUCCUCAUCCUUAGACGACUCCCUCAGCUCCAACGCAACACUGGACUCAGGCGUGCGGAAGGCAAAGGACGUGGAGCUCCUGUAUGAGGCCCUGCAAAAAGAGAUGUGGGACGUUGUGCGGGAGUCCCUCCGCCAGCCCAGUGCGGGUCCAAACCUGGGGCUGGUGGUGCUGGUGAUCCAACAGGAGGAGCAUGCCGAUGCUACCUGGGCCCUGAGAGAGGUAACCAAGCCAGAGCAAGAAGGUCUCCAGAUCCAUUCCAGCCAUCGUCCUCGGAAACUGAAGCUGAAGUGGAGGCAGGCUGUGAUGGAGGCCGCAGACUGGAGCCUGCCCCAUGAGGUGGACACCCAGGCGGGUCAGCUCGCCUUAUACCUGGAACGCUUGAGGACUCGCAUGGUGGAUGACCUGGACGCAGCGAGGAGGAAUGCUGUGUCCAUUUACCCAGAGGAGUUUGCUGCUUUCCAGGUGUAUGUGGAUAGCUACCAUCGCGCCGUGGCCAAACGUCUUCGGAGCAUCACCAGCGGACCGCUGCAGAUCACCGAUGUCUACUCUUUACUGGACUGGUUCUACAACAUCUACAACAGGGAUGUGCUGGGAACCAUCGGGACAAAGACACCCAUCAACUACUCUCCACUGGAGCCCAUUCUGCCCCAAGACACAGUGCAGAGGCUGGAGGAAGACUGCAUCAGCAUCGUCAGGGAGAAGGUGACAAUAGAGUUGAUUCAGGUUCUGGAUGAGGAGGAGAGACGAUGGGCCCAGACUCUGCACAUAGAGGAGUAUCAGUCCCACCUGGCACGCUCAGUCAUCCAGAGGUUGAAGGUGGACUUGGACCGAUCUACAUCUGUGAACCAGUUUCUGGGGGCAAGAGUGGCUCGCUGCAGUCUCGUUGGUCUGGCUGACUUUCUCUACUAUUUCCAGAGGAAGGUGGAGAUGUUUCAUGAUACUCAGGAAGAAUUCGGAGAACGAGGUGACGGAUAUGUGUCCAGAACCAUAUCUGUGGUCAACUGCUGCCCUCCUCUCAGAUCCUUAGUGGAGCGCUGCAGGCAGUGUGACCCACAGGGCAGCGAGGACACUGCACAGAGAGCCAACUCCUCCCUGGACCGCAUCAUCAACCAGUCAGUGAGGGUGCUGACAGAAAGGCUGUUCGAGAACAUCAAGCCUUUCCUGGAGAAACUGAUAAAGAGGAAAUGGCUGAACAACACGGAGGCCUUUGAGGCCAUCGAAGCCAGCAUCAAACAACACUUCAAGAAGUUCAGGAGGAUGGACCCUCCACCUUACCAGACGCUGGUGGGAGAGGUGCACCGGCGGGUCCUGGUGGAGUAUGUCCGCGCCAUCAUGAGGGGACGGAUAAUCUGCACAUCCUCCAAAAUGAGAAAGAGGAUGGCUUUCCGUCUGCAAGAUGAAGCCAAACAGCUCAAAGGACUCUUUAAGGAUCUGGAAUCAAGUUCAUCCUGGUUAGACAGCGUCAUCUGCCACCUAGCUGACAUCAUCCUCCUGGAGGACACUCCCUCCAUCCAGAUGGAAGUCGCUGUCCUAGUGAAAGAGUUUCCAGAUAUACGGAAGAAGCACGUCUCCACCCUGCUGAAUAUCAGAGGGAUGAUGCGCCAGGCGGAGCGCCAGGAGAUCCUCAACAUUGUCAAAGACUUUGAAUGCAGCAAUGCCCUCAUGUGCAGGGACCACGCCCUCUUUUCUGACAUCCCACUCACCUCACAGGUGCACUGCAUCAGCCUGGGAUUCCUCCGCCUUGCCAUGACCGUCUCCAACUGGUUCUCAGAGCACCGCCCGAGGCGAAUCCGCAGGACAAGUGUCAGAAAUGCAACACCUCAACCUGCCAAGAAUAUGGAAGACAUAACUAAACUUCACAGAGAAGACUAGCUGUUGGUGUUUAUGUUAGGAGAGAAUUCACAGAUAUAAUGUGAAAAUAGUGAUGAGAUGUACAUGCACCUUGACCAAAAACUGAUUGUACCAAAUAUUGAUACCAAAAACUUGACCUCAGGUACUGCUCGUACUGUACAGGCUCACUGACUUUCUCCAUCUCCAGAUGUGCAUUUUUAAUGGAAAUGUGAAACUGACUGUACCAUAAUAAUCACCAUGGUUUCUUGUAUUUUUAUGUCGAUCUACAGAAGUAAACAAAAGUGAUAGUCUAUUAAAUAUUCUCAAAAUGUAACUUCUUUAGUCUUUCUUAGCCUGGUAUUCCCCCAAAUCAUUGUAGAAUCAACUGAUAGCAGAUGCAAUAAAAGAGAUCUAGGAUGUUCUGCUGUUUAACAUGUAUUUACCCAACCAUAUACCCAUUCUCUGGUAUAUAGCCCUAAUGUAUGUAAGGAUGUAGUCGUGUAUGGAAAUGGAAAUGUGUUGAACUCUCACUGUGAAUGAAAUGGAUCUGUUGCUGGAAACAUAAUAAAAACCCAUUGACUGGGUCGACUAAACA